AUGAGGUUUUCCAACUCUCUAGUCAGCCUCGCGGCUGUCGUACCCGUCGCGCUCGCAUCGAUACCUUAUUCGCAAUACAUCCUCGCGCCCAAAUCACGAACCCUCCACCCCGUCUCUGUGCACAGCACAAACGGGUCUGUCACGCACCCCGAGAGUCUUACCAGCGCAAAUGGCAGUUCCGUCUUCACCGGCGAAGCAGCAACAGCGUACGACUUCGGUAUCAACAUUGCGGGUCUCGUCACCGUAACGAUCGGCUCUGUCAACUCGUCGUCCUCCGAAUACAUCGGCGUCACCUUCUCCGAAAGUUCGUUAUGGGUCAGCAACCGGAGCAGCGAUGCGACGGCCGAUGCGGGCAAAGACGAGACGCUCUGGUUCCAUGUCAAUGGUACGGGACGGUACACAGCCCCGAAGGAGAAGGUGAGGGGUGGGUUUAGGUACAUGACGUUGGUGCAUAAUGGUACGGGGAGUGUCGAGGUGACGGGCGCGGAGGUGCAUUAUACUGCUAUGCCGCAUUGGGAGGAGGAUGCGUUGGGGAAUUAUACGGGGUAUUUCCAUUGCGACGAUGAGCUGCUCAAUCGCGUAUGGUAUGCCGGAGCGUAUACGAACCAGAUCUGUACUAUCGAGCCAGAUACCGGCAAUGCGCUUGUUCAUCUGCGCGAAGAAGGCUUCUCGAGUGAGGACGACCAGUCGCCGGUUAACGUUACUUGGUACAACAACUAUACCAUUACUAGUGGUAAGAGUGCGCUGGUUGAUGGUGCAAAGAGGGAUAGACUUGUUUGGGCUGGCGACAUGGCGAUAGCAGUUCCUGGUGUCGUGGUAUCGACGAACGAUGUCAUCUCCAUUGAGAAUGCAUUGGACUCGCUCUUCGCGGUACAGAACGCGUCGAAUGGUCUACUCCCAUAUGCUGGAAGGCCUUUCCCUCCUCAGGCAAUAUCGUUCACGUACCACCUUUACACUCUGAUUGGUGUCGCUGAUCACUUCCUUUAUACUGGCGACAUGGACUACCUCAAAUCUCUAUGGGACAAGUAUAAAUUCGCCCUCUCCUUCUCCCUCUCCAACAUUGACUCUAGCGGCCUCAUGAACGUGACUGCGCCCAACGACUGGCUCCGUUUCGGCAUGGGCGGCCACAAUAUCGAGGCAAACGCCAUCCUCUACUACACCAUCAAUCAGGGCAUCUACCUCGCCUCAGCUCUAAACGACACAGCCAACAUCUCUUCCUGGCAAGAAACUGCUGAUGGUAUCAAGACCGCCGCCAACGAACUCCUCUGGGACGAACAAGAGGGCAUGUACCGCGACAAUGAAACGACAACGCUCAUGCCCCAAGACGGAAACGCCUGGGCCGUCGUCGCAAACCUCACGAUGAACAGCACGCAAACGAGUAUGAUCUCACAAAAUUUGGUCUCGCGAUGGACUCCGUACGGCGCUCCUGCCCCAGAAGCCGCAGACGCCAUCUCACCUUUCAUCUCCGGUUUCGAACUGCAAUCCCAUUUCCUCGCGCAGAACACUACCGCAGCAUUGGAGUUGAUGCGUCUACAAUGGGGCUUCAUGCUCGACGACCCCCGCAUGACAAACUCAACCUUCAUCGAAGGAUACAGCACGACUGGCGAACUUCACUACGCGCCCUACAACAACGACGCGCGCAUCAGCCACGCGCACGGAUGGGCAACAGGACCAACAUCCAGCCUCACACAAUACGUAGCCGGUGUACAAUUACUUACCGCUGGCGGAGCAACAUGGCGCAUUGCGCCUUCACUCGGUGAUCUCAAGUUUGCGGAUGCAGGCUUCAGGACGAGUUUGGGUUUCUUCGGCGCGAGGACGCAGGUAUUGGAUGAUAGCAUAAUGUUGGACUUUGAGGCGCCGGAGGGGACAGUGGGAGAGGUUAGGAUACCGGUGCUGGAAUGUGCGGGACGGGUGGUUAUGAGUGGAAUGGAGGGGCUGAGUGGAGAUGUUGUUGUUGAGGUUAUGGCUGGGCAGGGGGAUGUGGAUGUCAAGGACGUCAAGGGUGGGAGGUGGACGGCUACUUUUAGGUGUAAUUGA